CGGGUUUAAAUAGAGUGAGGAGGUGAAAGGCAGGCUCACUCUCUCUCUGAUUCAAUCCCUCUCUCUCUCAAGGGAGCCGCCAUUCCAGGCCUCUUUGUCUAAAUCACCCAGUCCAUCGGCAGUGUGAGUAAUCAUGUGCGACGAGGAAGAGCCCACAGCUCUGGUGUGUGAUAACGGCUCAGGCCUGGUGAAGGCAGGGUUUGCCGGAGAUGACGCUCCCCGAGCUGUGUUUCCCUCCAUCGUGGGCCGUCCUCGCCACCAGGGUGUGAUGGUGGGUAUGGGUCAGAAAGACAGCUACGUAGGAGACGAGGCCCAGAGCAAGAGAGGCAUCCUCACCCUCAAAUACCCCAUUGAGCAUGGCAUCAUCACAAACUGGGACGAUAUGGAGAAGAUUUGGCACCACACCUUCUACAACGAGCUCCGUGUGGCUCCUGAGGAGCACCCCGUCCUCCUGACUGAGGCUCCACUCAACCCCAAAGCCAACAGGGAGAAGAUGACUCAGAUCAUGUUUGAGACCUUCAACGUUCCUGCUAUGUACGUGGCCAUCCAGGCUGUGCUCUCACUCUACGCUUCCGGCCGUACCACAGGCAUUGUUCUAGAUGCUGGUGAUGGUGUGACCCACAAUGUGCCGGUGUACGAGGGUUACGCUCUUCCCCAUGCCAUCAUGAGGCUGGAUCUGGCCGGCAGAGACCUCACCGACUACCUCAUGAAGAUCCUCACUGAGAGAGGCUACUCCUUCGUCACUACAGCUGAGAGGGAGAUUGUGCGUGAUAUUAAGGAGAAGCUGUGCUAUGUGGCCCUGGACUUUGAGAAUGAGAUGGCAACAGCCGCUUCCUCUUCCUCUCUGGAGAAGUCCUACGAGCUGCCAGACGGUCAGGUCAUCACCAUCGGCAACGAGCGCUUCCGCUGUCCUGAGACACUCUUCCAGCCUUCAUUCAUUGGCAUGGAGUCGGCUGGCAUCCAUGAAACCACCUACAACGGUAUCAUGAAGUGCGACAUUGACAUUCGUAAGGACCUGUAUGCCAACAACGUGCUGUCCGGCGGCACCACCAUGUACCCAGGUAUCGGUGACAGGAUGCAGAAAGAGAUCACAGCACUCGCCCCCAGCACCAUGAAGAUCAAGAUGAUUGCCCCUCCUGAGAGGAAGUACUCCGUGUGGAUCGGAGGCUCCAUCUUGGCUUCACUCUCCACCUUCCAGCAGAUGUGGAUCAGCAAGGACGAGUACGAUGAAGCCGGACCCUCCAUUGUCCACAGGAAGUGCUUCUGAGCAUCCUGUCCCCUCUGGCCAAUUCCCCUGGAUUCUGUCUCCUGUCUUUCCUUCAGGCUUUCAUUCAGGAGUCCACAAAGUGCUGUUUUGUGUUCUGUGGAAGCCCAUGUUCAAAAAUACAUACCUGUAGUACAUUGGUCAAUAAAUGUGUUUUGUGUAUUUUGGAA